GUGGGGGCCGUGGGGCCGUGGGCCCGUCCUGCCCCACCCUGCGCCGAGGGGCCCGGGGGGCGGCAGAGCCGGAGGAGCCGAAGGAGCCGGAGCCAUCGCUGCCUAAUGGCUUCCAUCUGCGGGCGGGGAGGCGCCGGACGGGGAACCCGGGUGUCCGGCCACCCCCUCCCCCCGGCCCCACCGCCCGGCCAGGGCCCCCCGAGCCCCCGGGACCCCCCGGGACCCCCCGUCUGCUGGGGGCUGGGCAGGCCGGUGCCAUGGCGCAGGUCCUGCGUGCGGACGCCUUCCCAGGUCGGCGGUCGGGGGCGGGGGACGCGCCGUACUCGCUGGAGACGGCCUACGGCUACCGGCUGGACCUGGGCUUCCUGGGCUACGUGGAGGCCAUCGAGAAGGGGCUGACGCUGCGGCGCGUGCCCGUGGGUCGCCGGCCACACCGCGCCUCCUGGGCCGCCUCCGCCGAAGCCCUCGGCCCCCCGGCGACGCCGGACCCCCGGGUGGAACGGACGCUGCGAGGGGCCCGGCGGCGCCUGGAGGACGAGGAGGAGGAGGGGGGGGUCCCGGCGACGACGACGAUGAUGACGGGGGUCCCGGUGACGGUGGGGUCGCCGGGAGCCGCGCCGCUGCGGUUGGUGCGGGAGCAGAUGGCGGCGGCGCUGGGGCGGCUGCGGGAGCUGGAGGAGCAGGUCCGGGCGAUGCCGGCGCUGCGCCGGCGCUUGGAGCGGCUGCAGGAGGAGAAGCGGCAGCUCCUCGAUCGGCUUCGCCGCGACGGCCGGUGCCGCUGCGGGUGCGGGUGCGGCUCCGUCGACGGCAACGGGGACCCCGGCGGCUUCGGCAACGACAUCUGCGGCGUCGACGACGACGACGCUGCCGGUAACGGCGCCGGUUCCGGCAUCCCCGGCGUCCCCGGCACCGCUGUCCCCGUGUCCGGCUCCGGCGUCGCCCCGUUCCGCGUGGCGGGGGGCCGGCGGUCGGUGGGGGUGGGCACGGAGGGGCCGGCGGUGCCGGGGGGUGCCGGGGCGCUGCCGGGGCGGGUGGCGGUGCUGGAGCGGCAGCUGCGGCGGGCGCUGGGGGAGCUGCGGGACGCCCGGGCCCGGCUGGGCCAACGCCAGCCGCAGGCGGGGGCCGAGGAGCCGGAGGAGGACGAGGAGGGGGACGAAGGCCGCGGGCGGCGCCACGGGGGGGGCAGCGGCAGCUCCUCUGAUGACAGCGAGUACCACGAGGCCGUGGAGAGCCCCUCCCCCCCCCGUGGGACCCCAGCCCGGCCCCCCUGCGCUGACGCCACGGCCCCCGGUGACAUCGCGUGACGCCGCAUGAUGUCACACAGCGCCGCUCUACAGCCGGACCCCGGUCAGCCCCCACCCCGCCCCUCCCCCCACCGUGUGUUCCCCCUCCCCCCUCCCCCAAAGCCGCCGUGACCCCCAACAUGGGGGGGGUGGGGGUGGGGAAGGAAGAGCCGGGCGAGAAAUAAAUACGGUGUAUUGGGGCGCCCCGACACGGCCCGGCGUGAGCGGCCCCUCGUGCGAGGGACACCCCCGGCGUGCAAAGGGCCCCCGCAGCAG